AUGCAAAUAGUUCCAGGAACUGGCAAGAGGAAGCAUUUGAAAGAAGCUUUGGAUGAAAAUCCCACACCCGCAAAUGAAACUCAGAAGUUUGAAAGUGCAGUGAAACGGCGGAAUAUAUCUCAAACAUGCAUCCAUGAGGUUGCUGUUCCAGAUUAUUUUAAUUCAUCAAAUGAUGAAUUGAUUCAUGGGUCAUUAAAUAAUCCAAUAUAUGAUGGAUUAAUGGCCAAAAAAUACCCUUUUAAAUUAGAUUCAUUCCAGCGAGUUUCAAUUGCUUGUUUGGAGCGGAAUGAGUCUAUCUUCGUAUCUGCUCACACUUCUGCUGGUAAGACUGCAGUAGCUGAGUAUGCUAUUGCAAUGUCCUUCCGUGACAAUAAGAGGGUUAUCUAUACCUCACCCUUGAAAGCCCUCAGCAAUCAAAAGUAUAGACAAUUAAAUCAGGAGUUUUUGGAUGUUGGUUUGAUGACUGGCGAUGUGACCCUCUCACCUCAUGCCAAUUGUCUAGUCAUGACGACAGAGGUACUUAGAGGAAUGCUGUAUAGGGGCACAAAAUUACUUGAGGAUGUUGCAUGGAUUAUUUUUGAUGAGAUCCACUAUAUGAAUGAUCGAGAAAGAGGGGUUGUGUGGGAGGAGAGCAUAAUUUUCUUGCCUCCAACAAUCAAGAUGGUGUUUUUGUCUGCAACCAUGUCAAAUGCCAUAGAAUUUGCGGAGUGGAUCUGCAAGUUGCAUAAACAGCCCUGUCAUGUUGUUUACACGGACUUCAGGCCCACACCUUUAUAUCACUACGUGUUCCCGGUUGGUGGAUCUCAAUUAUACCUUGUGGUGGAUGAGAAUGAGCAGAUUAAAGAGGAUCGUUUUCCAAAAUUGCAGGAGACAUUCAAAAGAAAAGCAAGUAGACGGAUUGCUAAGCGUGGUACUGCUUCAGCUCGAGACAUAUUCAACAUUUUGAAGAUAAUAAUGAGGCGAAAAUUACAACCAGUAAUAAUUUUCAGCUUUAGCAGAUGGGGGUGCGAGCGGCUUGCUACGUCCAUCGCUAAAAGUAAACUUGACUUUAACUCAGAUGAAGAAAAGGAUGUUGUAGAACAUGUUUUUAAAAAUGCUAUCCUCUGCUUGAGCGAGAAAGAUAGAAAUUUACCAGCUAUUCGGCUAAUGCUUCCACCAUUUCAACGGGGCAUAGCAGUCCAUCAUUCAGGACUGCUUCCAAUAAUUAAGGAGUUAGUAGAGUUGCUAUUCCAGGAAGGGCUUAUCAAAGCUCUUUUUGCCACUGAAACUUUUGCUAUGGGCCUGAAUAUGCCUGCAAAGACCGUUGUUUUCACAUCUGUGAGAAAAUGGGAUGGUGUCAGGCAUCGUUACAUUGGAUCUGGUGAAUACAUUCAGAUGAGUGGAAGAGCUGGCCGUCGUGGUAAAGAUGAGCGUGGCAUUAGCAUUAUAAUGAUUAAUGAGAAGAUGAAAAUGGAUGUUCUCAAGGACAUGGUUUUGGGUAAACCUGCCCCUUUGGUUAGCACUUUCAGGUUGAGUUAUCACAGUAUUCUAAAUUUACUGAGCCGUGCUGAGGGUCAAUUUACAGCCGAGCAUGUUAUCAAGAAUUCAUUCCACCAGUUCCAAUAUGAGAAGUCUUGGUCAGGCAUGAACAAAAAGAUUUCAAAGUUGGAAACAGAAGUGGCUAUGAUUGAAUCCUCAGGCGAGACUGAAGUUGCUGAUUAUCAUAAUUUGGAACUUGAAAUUGCUCAACUUGAAAAGAAGAUCAUGUCUGGAAUCACCAGGUCAACUGUCAAGGACAUGCGUAUCAAACCCCCGGAACUUACUGAAUUACUCUUUAAAAUUAAAGAACUGAAGCAUAAAUUAGCUGCUCAUCCACUGCAUGAGUUGCAUGUAGCUUUCUUUGAUUUGUUGGUUGGAGCUAUGGCUCCCAAUCAAGAGGUCUUGAAUUCGAAGCUUGCGUAUACGAUGGUCAUGUGA